UGACGCCCAGAAGCAUCGCUGGGACAAGGGAACUGUUCCUGCCAGGAACAUCCUCCUCUUCCCUCUCCCCAAAAGGCUUUGAAAGCCCCAUCGAGCCCAGGAUAGAAACCUGAGCCUCACCAUGGCCCUGGAUCCUUAUUUCCUCCUCCCCUGCCUGGCACCAGCCACUCUCCUCCAACCCUUUCACCCUAGAGCACGGCACAGGGACCUGCUGGAGCAGUCUAUGCCUGAUAGCCUUGGAUACUGAGGAGCCACCUGAAUCCUGAUCCUGGAGACAGGAAAACCAUGGGGAGUGGAAUGAGCAAGGUAGUCACAGGCCUUUACCUUGGGAACAUCCGCGACUCUGAGGACCAUGAGAGCCUGCGGAGGAACGGGGUGACACACAUCCUCUCCAUCCACAACAGCGCCAAGCCGGUGCUGGAGGACAUGACCUAUCUCUGUAUCUCAGCCUCAGAUUCUUCCAGCCAAAACCUGCUGCAGCAUUUUAAGGAGUGCAUCCAGUUCAUCCAUGAAUGCCGGCUUGGCGGCGGAGGCUGCCUCGUCCAUUGCCUGGCCGGGGUGUCCCGCAGCACCACUGUCCUGGUGGCUUAUCUCAUGACGGUGACCGAGCUGGGCUGGGAGCGCUGCCUCGCCGCCACCAGGGCCGUGAGGUCCUAUGUGAGCCCCAACUUCGGCUUCCAGCAGCAGCUGCAGGAGUACGAGGUGACCUUGCUGCAGGAGUACCGCACUUGGAUCCGCCACAGCUAUGGCAGGAACCCAUUCAAGGACCAGGAGGAGCUGCAGAGCUUGCUGGCCCAGCAGGAGGAGAGGCAGAAGGAGCAGCAGCUGGGGAGCAGGGAUUGCUCCUGGCUCCACUCACCAGCUCCCACCUACCCGCUCCCCUACCAUGCAGGUGGCACCAGCAGAAGCAGAUGGAUGAACAGAUAAGCAGCCGGCUGCUCCGAGGCAGAUGUCGGCCCCGGGGCUUGGAAAACCCAGUCUUCCCUUUGCCAAGUGCCUCCGGGGGUUCACGUCUAGGGCAGAAAGCAGCCAGCGCCGACCUCAGCUGUGGAUCAAGGGUUGGAGCGGGGGGGGUCAGAACUCACAAACCCUCCUCUUGGCUGCCAGCUCUAUGUAUACCCCGUGGCAAGGCAGUAAAUUAAUGACAGUGUCUUGCUCUGUCCCAUUCCCUCAUUCCCCAGUGGAUUGCAGCCCCUUUCCCAUCACUCAGAGCAGCAGCAAACCUCAUCCCUCUCUCCAGCAGCAUGGUACCCAGGCGCUCCUCCGGCAGGGUACGAGGAUGACAACGCAGACCUUGGAAAGCAAGGGUGGGAUGAGAUGGGGAGACGUCAUAGAAUCAUAGAAUAGGUCACCUUGUAUUGCGCUUUGCAGAGGAGCUGGGAGCUGAUGCAGCCCCGGGAGGGAUGAGUCCUGGGAUAUGGAUGUGCUGCUGAGCCCUGGUUGUCAGCAGGAUGGGGAUAAGGGGCUGGAGGCUAUUUGGGCUGCUGAUGUCCCUCCUGGUCCAGCCCGUCCUUGGUACAUGUCUGUCUGGCAUCUUUCCCAACCCACCUCCCCAGGGAAGGGGGAAAUCCAGCGGUGCUGCAGGCCAUCAGUCCCCAUCGCCUCCAUCCCUGCAGCUGGAGUGGGUUUGGGCUUCCCCUGCUGCCCAAUCUGAAUGUCCCUGGUUGCAAAAGAAGCCAGUUGCUCGGUUGGACUCAGUCGACUCCAAGCCCAAUUUAGCACUGUCCCUCUCCAACAGCCUUUUUGAUAUUGGAAGACUCUGACUGUGUCCCUUUUUCAUCCCAAACUCAUCAUUUUCCAAGGCACGGGCUUCCUUUGCCAAGGUCCUCAUAUCUGCCCUACAAGGAGGGUCCCAACCCAUCGACACAGCCAUUCUACAUUUAAACCUUUAACUCUUCUUGGCCUGUUACUAUAAAUACCUUGCUUGGCUUCUCAAAAAUACGAGUUCUGCAAUCCAUUCUGAGGAAAAAAAUAGCAUUUAAAUUAUUUCUAGGAAUUCCCUUACUGAAAAUUCCUGGGUACUCGAAGUGUGACAGGGCCAGGGGUGACUUGACCGUUUCCUAAGAAAGAGGAGAGUGAUUAAAUCCAUACGGAUGGUUGGUCUUGAUUUGUGGUGUUCCUAGUGGGAAUGGAGGGAUGGACUGACAUGGCCAUGUUGCUGUGUCCUGUUUCCUAUUUUGUUGAUGAGAACCACUAGCAAAAUAAACAUUUUGAGGACUCAGUGUUUAGCCAUAAUAUAGGAUUCCAGGGAAAAAAGCUACGGAGGCUAUUCUCUGUCUUUUUAGGUUGAGAAAAGGGCCCCGUUGGCUGCAGUCCUGCAUGGAAGAACACAGUGGAUUGUGCCUGCAGCACAUGUGGGAAAGCAGAGCAAUUAAUGCGAUCUAGGGCCAUAAAUGGAUAAAUGCUGUUGGUGGGGUGGACUGAAGGGAAGUUGAGCAAACUGGGUCAAUAUGGGAUUUAAUGCCUCUGUUAUCAUUUUAGGAAGCAGAAAAAUGGAACUUGCACAUAGGGGGGAAAAAAAAAGAGAAGAAAGUUGGUUUCUGGUAUAAAUAGGAAGUCAUUGGAGAUCUGUGAUAAGCAGGGAUUAGAUUUGCAGUAGGUGUGAUAACCUCUAUAGAGCGCUGCUGUCCUGUCACCUCAGCCUUCCCAUCCCAUCACCAUCCCGGGACUCAAACACUCCCAAAAGAGCUGCAGCCCCAAAGCAGCUGUUACCCCUGGAAAAACACUCCUGAUUUUGGGAAUCACAAGGGAUGCUCGCCAUAAGCUGCAGCAUCUCCCAAGCGUGGCAUCACAGCAGCACCUAUUGCCCAAAUAGCACCUCCCAAACCCAAUUUCCCCUGAAUUUGGGGGGUGUCCCAGGUGAAUAUAUAUAUAUUUCCAGUCUGGCCUGCACCAGUGAGACCUGUGGUGGCUUUAGGACUUUGGGCCCUGGAAUAAAAGCCCUGAAGGAGAUGAAACCUGAUUUCUCUUUCUGAUUUCUCUUUGCCAAGAGCACUGCACCCUUCACUGCUCAGCUCUCCCGACAGCCCAGUGCCUCUGCUGUGGGGGAAAUCGCUCUGUUCAAGGGUAAAAGAGCUUCCCAUGGAACUGCUCACACACAGGGAAGUAGUUUACAAGAAAUUCCCAGCUCUGCCGCCUGCCCCAGGGUGUGUUUCGUGUUUGCCUUUGUCAUCUCACUCCCUUCCAGCCUGCCGGCACCAUGAGUAGGCAAAAACCCCAUUGUCAGAGGGCUGUUAUUUUAUCCUCCUCCCAUUGGGACCCCCGUCACUCUAGAGAACUGAGAUUUUGCCUUUCCAGCUGCCGAUGAAGUUGUGAAGCCAAAAUGAAGCCAGAAGUGACGGAAUCGCCCUGCUGGCAGCAGGGUGCCUUUUAGUCAUUGCGCUCCGGAUGGGACAAAGGGAUGAAGAGGCUGGAUUAUACAACUCCCCUUGAAAAUAUCCUGAAUUUUUCAGAAC